GUCAGCCCGCGCCUCAGAACGAAAACGCAACGGCGAGGACAGGGUGACCUCUCCUACUUGGCUUGCCCUCCAACCUGUCCUAGUUACACCCCAGAUCGUGUCGUUGUUUGUCUUCUAAGCCCACCGCGCCGCGCCGACCCGCUAGCAUAGCUUCUGCCGGCGGUGCUGCAGUUGUCCCUGAAACCUCGCCGAAACUCGUCCGCCUCGCCCUCUUCGCUGCCUCCGCGUCGAACGCGCGCAUACCUUAUGGAUCAACGCCACCUUGCUUCGUUGCUCUAGACGACUAUUCUUCGCUCCUCCAGCCUCAUCGCAUGCAUUGAGCCGUGUGCUGCGGAAGGAUGGCAACGUUGGGAUCGCCUUCGCCGCCCUCAUCACCAUCGCGAAACAUGCGCCGCCGUGCGUGGGCCAGGAAGGUGGAACGCUUUUGCUGUAGCACAAUAACCUACUUUCCGCUGGUGUUUGUGUAUGGUUUGACGUCAUGGGCCGCCUGGGUCCAAGUGGGCAUAGGCUUCAACACGUCCAAGAAUCGUUGGACAGGCAAGUCUUCGUCCGCGCUCGGCUUCUUCCUGUACAUGAUGCUUAACUGGAGCUACACGACCGCCGUAUUCACAGACCCCGGCUCGCCGCUCAACGUCACAAACGGUUAUAGUCAACUGCCCACGCAGGAAGGAGGAGGCAUGCAGUAUACGUCUUUCACGGUCAAGGCAUCUACGGGCGACAUACGAUUCUGCAAAAAGUGCCAAGCACAGAAACCCGACCGCGCCCACCAUUGCUCAACCUGCAAGCGAUGUGUGCUCAAGAUGGACCACCACUGCCCGUGGCUGGCGGCGUGCGUCGGACUUCACAACUACAAGGCCUUCCUCCUUUUCUUGAUCUAUUUGACAUUCUUCUGUUGGGUAGCUUUUGCGACAUCAGCGACUUGGGUGUGGACCGAGAUUUUGAACGACGGGAACUACUCCGAGUCAUUUAUGCCGGUGAACUAUGUCCUGCUUGCUGUUCUUUCUGGCAUCAUUGGAGUGGUGAUAACUGGGUUCACUGCUUGGCAUUGCUAUCUGACGAUUCGAGGGCAAACAACAAUCGAGAGCUUGGAAAAGACGCGCUAUCUGUCGCCACUGCGGAAUAGCAUGAAAGCUCAGCUCUCAGACCGCAACUACCUGGACGCCCAGGCCAACGGACGGCUAAGCAUUAGCGACCAACUCCGCGAGAUCCACGCAAAUGCUCUACCAGGGAUUACUCGACCUGAAGAAGGGGUCUCAUCACCCUCUCAGCGUUGUGCUCGCUCGCCCGCCCCUACGAGCAACGGCUAUUCACACCCGAACCAGCAGUCCUACGAGUACCGCGAGCGGCAACAACGCUACGAGUCCUACGAGUCCUAUCUAGACGAACGGGACAACGAACAAUUACCCAACGCAUUCGAUUUGGGGUGGAAACGGAACGUAGGACAUGUAUUCGGGCCUUCCGCGCUUCUGUGGUUUGUGCCCAUAUGCAACACAACCGGCGAUGGGUGGUCAUGGGAAGCAAGCCCGAAGUGGCUAGCGGCACGUGAACGCAUCAAGAACGAGCGAGAGGCAGAAGAGCGAAUCCAAAAGCAGCGUGAGCGCGACGCUGGCUGGGGCGUUGAUUCUCCUACUGAAGCCGAGUUUAGGCGCGACACACGGGCCCCCGAACCCUGGCAGAUCAACCGCUUCGCUCCACCCCAGCGAGCACCUCGAAGGCCCGAGUGGCAGGAGUCCCGUCGACGCGGACAGGACGCCCGAUACUUGACCACUUCGAAUGGUAUAGUGUCAACACCAACCGAAGGCCGCCGCAGCCCCAGCAAAGCUGAUCAAAUUCUCGGAAGGGAGAACGGCAUGUAUGCGGAUGGAGAUGUCCAGCUGCAGUCCAUUGACCGGCGGAAGUUCGAUCGAUACAAUUACAUAUCCGACGACGACGAAGGCGACGAUUACGAGAUGUCAAGCGACGAAGCGAGCGCAGCACAGCGGAAAACGCCCAAGCCUGUACCGCUCCCGAAAAACACAAGGGAUUGGAACGAUAUCCCUGACGACUUUCUGAGUGCGCCGCCCAAAGGAAGACGUAGGAGUCCCGGGACGAGUCGCGAGAGGACUCCCAACAAGGCCGGGAGGCGGGAUGAUUGGGGCAAGGACGAUUAAUGGUCAUGUGCUUGGAUGGCACUAUGGUACGUGUGAAUGUAUAACAUAUAUAGAAGAAAGGCUGCUGCGAUUUGGCAUGGGAAGGCGUUGUAGGCGAAUGGAUACAUAGCUCAGCCUGGAGAACUCACGGCAAGGUGUUUGGACUAGUGCUUGUGCAAGGUAAUCA